AUCGUGCUUAGUGUCGACUAGAAGAAAAAAUCAGAAUAAUGUUUACAAUGAAAGUUAUUUUUGUACUGGCCUUGGCCCUGACUGUUGUCUCUGCUCAAACUUAUGGUGGUAUUAGUCAGCUCUCUGGCGAUGAUCUCAAGGAAGCCGAGGGAGUCUUAAGCAAUUCUUUGACCAUAUUGGCCGCCGGUGAUGGACCAAGCUAUAAGCUGGGCAGAGUCAUUUCGGCUACGAAGCAAAUUGUUUCUGGCAACAGUUACGUCUACCAGGUGGAACUCGUGGAGGGCACCAACACAAAGGUUUGCACUGUGGAUAUCUGGUCGCAACCCUGGUUAAAAAAUGGCAUCCAGGUCACUUUUGACUGCCCCGAGGGCAAAGUUGUAAAGAAUCACGAUUAAUCUUAUCCAACCAAAUUAAAAAAACAUAAUAAAAUAUGCAUUUCAUAAUUUUAAAAAAAUAAUAAAACAUAACAAAAUAUGAA